ACUGACUUACAAAUAACCAUCAUUUAUGCAGCCUUUCUUCCCCUCCCGCUCUCUUUUUCUCUUCUCUUCUCCCACUCACCCCUUGACAAAACUUGCAGCUGGUCCUGCUCUUUCACCCAAUCCACUCUCCUUCGCUUUUCUCCUCUUCAGAUCUUCUCCGUCACUUGUAACCACUCGAGGCUUUGCGAGCAAAAAGAAAAUGGCACCCAAGAAGCCUAUCAAGCGUGAGAAGGUCCUCCUCGGACGGCCGGGAAACAGCCUGAAGAGUGGUAUAGUCGGCCUGGCUAAUGUCGGAAAAUCUACUCUUUUCCAAGCCAUCACCAAAUCUACACUGGGAAACCCUGCCAAUUUCCCCUUUGCCACAAUUGACCCCGAGCAAGCCCGUGUUAUUGUUCCAGAUGAACGAUAUGACUGGCUGUGCAAGCACUACAAGCCCAAGUCUGAGGUGCCGGCUAACCUGACAGUGUACGAUAUUGCUGGUCUGACACGAGGAGCCUCCACAGGAGCAGGUCUUGGAAACGCCUUUUUGUCUCAUAUCCGUGCCGUUGAUGCCAUCUUCCAGGUUGUACGGUGUUUCGAUGAUGCGGAGAUUGUCCACGUCGAGGGUGAUGUCGACCCUGUCCGUGACUUGAACAUCAUUAGCGAGGAACUUCGUAUCAAAGAUAUCGAGUUCGUCGAGAAGGCCCUGGAAGCCCUGUCCAAACAGACAAGACGAGGUGGCCAGUCACUCGAGAUGAAGAAACUGAAAGAGGAAGAAGAGAUAGUUGCCAAAGUGCUUGCUUUUCUCAAAGAUGGUAAUGACAUUAGAAAGGGUGACUGGGGUCCCAAGGAGGUCGAUGUGAUUAAUCCUCUCUUUUUAUUGACCGCCAAACCUGUGGUUUACCUUGUCAACCUCAGUGAAAAGGAUUAUAUCCGACAAAAGAAUAAAUAUAUUCCAAAGGUUGCUGAAUGGAUUAAAACUAACUCACCCGGUGACCCUAUAAUCCCUCUCUCAGUCUCCUUUGAGGAGCGCCUAACGCAGUUCGGAGACGACGCCGCAGCUGCUGCAGAAUGUGAGAAGCUAGGCACAAAAUCUGCUUUGCCCAAGAUUAUUGUGACCAUGCGUCAGAGUCUUAACCUCGGCAGCUUUUUCACCACUGGUGCGGAUGAGGUUCGACAGUGGACUAUCCGCAAGGGUACAAAGGCCCCCCAGGCCGCUGGUGUCAUCCAUACAGAUUUUGAAAAGACCUUUAUCCAAUGUCUUGUUUUUAACUUUGAUGUACUAAAAGAGUGCGGAGAUGAAGCUGCUGUCAGAGCAGCUGGUAAAAUCCUUACCAAGGGCAAAGAUUAUGUUAUCGAAGACGGAGAUAUCGUCCUGAUCAAAGCCGGUGCGGCCAAGGCAUAGUUACGCCCAUGAAUUACCACAUAGUUUCCCCUAGCUUUAGCAUUUAAACGCUUCCGGCCUGUAAUACUAAAAUACUAGUCAAGGG